AAGACAUUUUUCAGAAUUGGACAAUAAGUUAAAAUUUGAAUGCUGGAAAUGCCUGAACAAAGGUAACUAAAUCUGUACUUAAUUCAAACGCACUAUCCUAAACUUUGCACAAGCUUAAUUAAUAUAUUAUAGGAAAUCAAGAUCAUCUUGCUAUCAAACCCUAUCAUCUGGUUGAUGAUUAGUGAGUCUAGGGUAAUCCAUCCUCAGUGGCAAACUAGAAUAGUCUGAUAUGCUGUACACUGGGUCAAAAUAGCAAAAUCAAACUUAAAUGUUGUAUAUCAUAAUUCGUCAGGAAAAACUGCAAAAUCUAACCUAUAUUAUAAUGUAUUGUUAGCUCUUGAUAAGCAAAUGUCAGAUUUGAUAAAUGUCCUGGAGCAAAAUACUAUAGACCGAGAAAUAAAGAAAGAGCAUCGGAACACUCUUAAGGUAACAAAUAUAACAAAUAAUUCUUGGUAUCGCGUGUUAUGACGCCACAGCUGCAGAUAAUAGUUUUCUACAUGUAGAUAUGAUGUCAGAGCUGCAUGCAGAGGAUAUAAUCGCAACUCCUGCACUAAGCCAGCUUGUUUGCACGAAGGAAAAAUAAAGCCAUCACGGCAAGAUUUUUCUUGGAAACUGAAAGCAAUUUAUAGAAUCAGGAAAAUCUUGAGCGAAAAAUGAGCUAAAAGUAUUUCUCAGGGACAUUUUACGAUACGCCUGCCAAGAAAGCAGGGCAAAUAUGUAGCACCAGUCUAUUUUCAUGCAAAAUUUCAUGGUAGCAAAAAAGAUGAGCGAAUCAUGAAUUUUUUCUGUGUUGGUGUAAAACUAUUUUUCUAAAAUAUAUUUUGUACUAGAUAUAUAUGGUAAUGCCGGUAAUAUGCGUAAUAAAAUAAUUAUUGAAUUUAUCGCCCUCAUCCAAUAAUUAAGCUUUUACCCACUAGAUGUUAUCUUAUCUGUUGGCACAAUUUGCUGAAGAAUUUGAAGCUGAAGAUUGCAAACCAUCUGUUGUGGCAACACCGGUAUGAAAUUAUUAAAAUAUUAAUAUUUGAAAUUAGUUUGAAUUCGUAUCCUCCCCCCAUUUGCAGAAUAUCUAAUGGUCCACGGUCUCUUUAAUAAACGUCGCUAUAAUUUCUUAAUUAUAAUAGCCAGUGACAAACAAUGAGAUAUAUAUCAGUUAAUAUUACAAUAUCCUGUUAAAUAGGUCAAAUAUUAGAUAACAUUACAAUAUCAUUAUUGGGCUAGUAUUCCAAAGGUCGUAGGUUCGAAUCCCACCGUGGCCAGGCAUAUUUUUCAAGCCUGCCCGGUGUGAAUAUACACUCAGAGUAACAUCACACAAGCACAUUACAAUAUCAUGUUAAAUUCAGUUCUUGUUCUCAAUUUGUGUUCAGGGAAGGAAGCGAGGCAAGUCAAAGAAAUCUACUUCGGCACUGCCAUUUGAUUGGUCUGAAGUUAAAAAGGAUUUUCUCAACAUUACAACCCAGUUACUGCAGAUCAAUAUUGUCUCAUUGUGGGAGCCCCCUGUGGCUGAAGAAGAGUUUGUGAAGUAUGUUCUCCCGCCACGGUUGCAACUCUUAUCGCAACUCUCAUCCUCGCGUUUAACCAAAUUAAAUCGACCACUUGCGUAACAGACAACAUUUUGAUCUCAACAAGUCUAGACAAAAAUUUCAUCACAGCUUGAUAGAGCAUCACAAAAUUAGUAAUAUUCCAAAGUUUCGUUGCGAAAUGUUGUAAAAUGCGGAUAAUAUAGCCUUGCGAAGACCAAUAAUACCCUUUGGGGCUGUCAGUUUCCCGUUUGUAGUACAAAAUGACUGAAAAACGGCAAACUUCGCAAGGCUAUAUUGUCCGCAUUUUACAACAUUUCGCAACGAAACUUUGGAAUAUUACUAAUUUUGUGAUGCUCUUUCAAGCUGUGAUGAAAUUUUUGUCUAGACUUGUUGAGAUCAAAAUUUUGUCUAAUACGCAAGUGGUCAAUUCAAAUUCGAGUGUUUUCAAUCCAUUUUUGUUUUUCAGUACGUUUGCCAACUGUUGCUACAAGUUCUUGGAGAAUCCUGGCAUAAACAGAGAUAAGCCUCUGCGUGACUCCAUUCUCAACGUCCUCGCAAUCUUGGUGAAAAAAUACAAUCAAAGUCUGAGUGUCGGUGUCAAAGUCAUCCAACUUCUACAGCAUUUUGAGCACAUGAUCGCACCGAUGGCACAGCUGGUGCAAGUCUGUGCUGUUGAGCACGGAAUGAGGAAUAUUGUCGUUGAUAUAUUACGGUGAGUCGCGCAGGAAUGAUAGUUUUGCUUGCUUGCUUGCUUGCUUGGUUGGAAUAAUUACCAGGGGCCGGUUGUAUAAAACUCUUAAUCAGUUUUUUAAUCACUAUUUUGUAGUUAAAUAGUGAUUAACUCUCAAAUAAGCGCCUCUUAUUGGAUGAUGUUUCCACUAACUAUUAAUUAGUCAACUUUAAUCACUUUUUUAUACAACCAGCCCCAGGAACGUCGGAAGCGGGCUGCCACCAAUAAACUCUACUUCAUUGCAAUUAUUUUAUUCAGUUCUUUCUUGCACAAGUAAUUACAAUAAACUCAUCUCUAAUUGUUUGUCGUUACAUUGUCAUUGUGUGUAUAUAUCAAUAGGACAAAACCAAUUCAUUUCGUGCUUGUUGGGGGGGGGGGGGGGGGGGUUAUAAAAACGUUAUAAAAUGCAGUUACAAAAUCUUGCAAGACUUCACAACUUUGAUAAAAAUUCUUGUCAGGGACAGGGCUCGAAGUGUACUACUGUAAAUGAUCUAAUAUGUAAUAUGAGUUGUGCAUGUAAAUGAAAUAUAUCUAUAGAAUGUCACCUGCCAUUUUUUUUCACUUUGGUAGUUCAAAUUUGUUUUUGCCUGCCAUUUCUAACAUAUGGCCUGCUUUUGGCCAUUGGCAGCCGGCUAUUUCGAGCCCUGGUCAGGAAAGCCCGAGUGAAAAUGCUCUUCUGAGGUUUCGCAAACGAAAUUUUGUGAUUGGACCAGGUUACUAUUGAAUACUACCUACACUGGAAGCCUUUCAUACAUUUGGAAGUUACACUCCGAUUUUAAUCAUAGUUAACUAUGUUUUAAUGUAUAUAUUAAUAGGGAGCUUGGUCGAAUUGAUCCAAAAGAUUUGGAGCGCGAUGCAAGCGGGACGAGGUGUUAUUCAGAUUUUCUUGUCGAACUCGCUUCAAGAAUACCUGAACAUAUCUUGCCAAACAUCAGUUUGUUGCUUUGUCAUUUGGACACAGAGGUCAGUUUUCAAGGGUAAAUCUGAUUUAUUCUGUAGUAGUUUAUUUUAUUUGGUAAUGGUCUAUCCAGUCUUACUGUAUUUGUAAUAAAGAAUAGGACAAGAAAGAACUUGUCCUAUUCUUUACAACGUGCAUAAGACCAAUCCUAGAAUACGCAAGUCCUGUAUUCCAUAAUGGUUUGACAAAUUACCUCAGUCAGGAUUUGGAACGGAUCCAAAAGAGAGCAUUGCGAAUUAUCUUACCUUGGGUCUCAUAUGAAGACGCUUUACAAUCAACUGGCCUCCAACGACUCAGCCAUCGAAGACACGAUCUUUCAGACAAACUAUUUGAAGAAAUAGUGACUGAUGAUAGCCAUAAGCUUUAUAAUCUUCUUCCACCACGUAAUGAAACUGUUCAUAUGACUCUUAGAUCCAGUCAUAGAUUUAACGUUGCAUUUCAAACUAACCGUUUUAAAAAUAGUUUUAUUAUACAUAAUGCAUUAAAUUAUUCAUCAUAAAAUUAUUAGAACAUUCUUAGAUCCUUUUAGAGACAUUUAGUUGUAUAGUAUUUUAAUAUUUUCUUAACUUGUAAAUAUAAGCGUAAUUCAGCCUAUUAGCAAUGUUUAUAUGAAAUAAACCAUCUAUCUAUCUAUCUAUCUAUCUAUCUAUCUAUCAAUCAGUUCUCGACUCUCCUUCCUAGUCGCUCGCCUACGCCCAUUCGUAUUGGGUCUAAUAUUUCCUUAGGAAGAAACCUAAGCUAGACAAAGUAUUGAAUAUUGCUCUGUCAGUUCUCAAUUUAUCCUCCUAAAAGUCCUGUGAUGAUCAUAAAAUUUUGGUCCAGAAUUUUGUCGAAACUCUUCUCGUUACUGUUACGUUAACUUACUGUGAACUACGCUAACUUGACUUGAUAAUACAACUCGGAAAAUGUUCUGUAUAUUUCAGCCGUACUCCAUGCGUAACGGUGUUCUGGGAGUGAUGGGUAAGCUCCUCGUACUGCGUUUAAGCCAAGAUGAUCUCACUGAAAACAUGAAGAAUACAAGAGAUCAAAUUUUGGAUCACCUCGAG